CACUGACAGUGGCAACAACAGCAGCAGUAGCAGUAACAACAAACUCUCUAGAUUUAAAACACCACCAACGACAACAUUGCCUGGAUUAAGAGUAACAACAGCAACAGCAGGAAGAGGAGAACAACAACAACAACAAUAAUAAAUGCAACAAAACAAAAAAUGAAAAUAAAACAAAAUCCAACAACAAUGCCAGCAAGGAUGCUUCGUGAUCAAAAAGCCGUAAGAAUUGAGGCUUUAACAUUGCAAGAAUAGUAACAACAACAACAAUGGCAACAGCAGAAUUACGACAAUAGCAACAACCACAGCAGCCAAAGCCACAAUAACCAGAGUAACAGCAAGAACAAGCACAUUAACAAAGCAGCAAUAACAACAACAACAGCAACAGCAAAACAACAAUAAGAAAACCACUGAUAAUGAAAACAGUAGAAAUAAUAAUAGAAUUAUGGAUGGCCAACUAAUACAACCGCAACAAUAUAAGCAAUAAGAACAACAACAGCAACAACAACUGUACUAAUAACAUUAAAAGAGGAGUAGUUAUAUUUAGACAGUCUUACUUUCACUUUCGGGUGACUGUCACAGAUUCCAUGUUUUUACACAUGUAUCAUGUAAGUAGAGUGAACAAAUCUACCAAGGCAUGGCUCAGUAUAUAAUGUAGUAAGAAUCCAAGUGUUCCAAAGGUAUAGGGUUGUUGGAAUAAAUGUAAGGAAUUCUACAUUGGAUGGAAAGAAUAUUUAUAUUUGUGUUGAGUUAAUAUUUAACACCAUUCCUAUUGGAAUAUCAAAACAAUAAUGAUCACAACACAACUUAUUAGCCAGUUUGUACCGAGGAAUGGACUCCCAUCAAUAUGGGCAGCGAUUAUUCAAAGAAUCGGAAGUUGAAACAGAGAAAAGUGUCAAGCAAAGUGCAACCAUCUGAACCAAGUCACUCAGUUGUUAUUAGUGAGGCCAGUUAUGGCUUGUCUGAGAGCAAUAAUGUGGCAAAUUACAUUACUGACAAACAAAAGGAACUCGUUCUAGAAACAUGGAAAAUAGUCCAGUGCAACAUGACCAGAGUUGGUGUUGUGAUGUUCAUGAAUCUUUUUGAGACCCAUCCAGACGUUCAAGAUGUGUUCAUGCCAUUUCGUGGUCUGGCAGCAGAAGAUAUGAAGCAGAACUCACGUUUAAUCUCUCAUGCUCUUCGGGUAAUGGGGACAGUUGAGAAAUGUCUUGCCCGUAUAAAUGAACCAAGGAGACUCGAAGAUAUGCUCAAGAAUCUUGGCGCCCGACAUGUCAUGUACAAUGCUAAAGUGGAUUACAUUGAUUUAAUUGGUCCUCAGUUCAUUCUGGCUAUCAAACCUGAAGUUGGUGACCACUGGUCCCUGGAAGUUGAAGAAGCUUGGUCAGAUCUCUUUAAGUUAAUUACACAUAUCAUGAAAGCUGCUAUGGCGUUUUAAAAAUCAUUUUCAACCAACCAAAACUGGUUUAUUUUUGAUUCGUGGUCGAGUUGUGAUUGUCGGUUGAUGUCCACCCACCGAAACAACCAAUGAAUAUCUGAAAUUUGCCAAAUGCUAAAAAAUAGAAUGGAACAAGAAUUCUCUUUUCAUUUCUAUUUUUUGUUAUUUUUAUCAUAAAUAAUUGUCAUCUUUGGCAACAUCAUCAUGAAACGACGAAGGAAGCUUCUAUGUUGCAACCUAUCUUGAUAGAAACAGUAAGCAAAUCUCCUUCAUGCCACGUCUCAUAGCUUUAAAUACAGAAAGAACACAUUAGUUAAUAUAAUGCUAGAUAAGCCUAACAAAGACAUGACUGUGACUGAAUGACAUGGAUCACAUGUUUUCUCAAUAAGAGUGGAUUUGCAGCUCAACAUCAACAACAAUCAUUAUCAUCAUAGAUGGGAGCGAUCAACAAAAUUCAUAUUCAUAAUCAUCCAUGUUUCUCUAACAAGAGCAACAGCAUCAACAACAAUGAGUGACAAGAAUGUUUCUCAAGAAUAAAUACUCCCGUUACAGUUUUCAUUACCCACAUCUUAA